AUGUGGUACAAUGCAGAUAAAUUUGUUCAAAAUACUACUGCUUAUAAUAACAACACUAUUGUUGUCGUCACUACUCCAGGUCCUGUUAACAUUGAGUCAUUUGCUGAAAAUACAAAUGUGACUGCUAUUUUAAUGUCCUCAUACUUAGGCCAAGAAACAAGAUCAGCAAUUACGAAUGUAUUAUUGUCAUUAAAAUCCACCUGGUAG